AAAGUUGGUCAUCUUUGGUGUGAAGACCCUGAGAAUGAAAUGGAAUUCACUGGGAGACGCCGCCGGCUGUCCAGACAGAUGGGAAACAGCAAGAGUCGCUCGGGGCAGGGUCUCUGCUCCCGCUUUCUUCCCGAGGAGCAGGCCGAGGUCGAUGGAUUGUUUGAUGCUUUGUCAUUGGAGAAGCUCAGCUCCAGCACCUCGCCCAGAUCCUUCUCUCUGCAGGCCCUGAAGAGCCACGUGGGGGAAGCCCUGCCCCCAGAGAUGGUCACUAGACUGUUCGAGGGCAUGCGGAGGGCUGACCCGACCGGGAAGGCCACGGGGCCCAGCACGCGCGUCUCCCAGGAGCAGUUCACGCUGUCCAUGUCCCACCUGCUCAAAGGCAGCUCUGAGGAGAAGAGUCUGGUGAUCCUGGCAAUGGCUUCUGCCACAGACGGCCCCGCGGAAGCCAGAGAGGUCCUAAGGUUUACAGAGGAUCUGGUUGGCUCUGUGGUGCAUGUGCUGCACUACAGGCAGGAGCUGAGAGGCUGGACUCAGAAACAGGCCUCGGGCUCCCCGCCCAGGGUGCAGGCGCUGGCUGCUCAGCUGUUCUCCGAGCUGAAGCUUCAAGAUGGUGAGAAGCUUCCUGGGCCCCAGCGGCUGGACUGCGGCUGUGACCGUGCCAUGGUCGAGGCCUGGCUGUUCCGGGCCCCUCAUGUGGCCACAUUUCUGAGCGUGGUCAUCCACCAAGGCUUUCGGCUCCUGCGCUCGUCCCUCGAUCUGGCCACCCUGCUCCCGGAGCGCCAGGUGGACCGAGGGCGGGAGUUUGCCAGCCUCCUGGACGUCCUCUCCGUCGCCUACAUCAACUCCCACCUGCCCCGGGAUCUGCGGCACCGCUGGCGCCUGCUCUUCGCGACCGCGCUCCACGGGCACAGCUUCGCCCAGCUCUGUGGGCGCAUCACCCAGCGGGGGCCCUGCGUGGUGCUGCUUGAGGACCAGGACGGCCACGUGUUCGGGGGGUUUGCCUCCUGCUCCUGGGAGGUCAAGCCUCAGUUUCAAGGUAAGACUUGUGCUUUCCUGUUUUCCAUCUGCCCCGCCAUGGCCGUGUACACCUGCACGGGCUACAAUGACCACUACAUGUACCUGAAUCACGGGCAGCAGACCAUCCCCAACGGGCUGGGCAUGGGCGGGCAGCACAAUUACUUUGGGCUGUGGGUCGAUGUCGAUUUCGGGAAAGGACACAGCAAGGCCAAGCCCACGUGCACCACGUACAGCAGCCCCCAGCUGUCGGCCCAAGAGGACUUCCGGUUCGAGAAGAUGGAGGUGUGGGCCGUGGGCGACCCCUCGGUGACACAGCCGGCCAAGAGCAGCAAGAGCAUUCUGGAUGUGGACCCCGCGGCCCAGAUCCUGCUUGAGGCCAGCGGGCGGAGUCGCCACAGCGAGGGGCUCCGGGCGGUGCCUGAGGACGACUGAGGAGAAGGCCCAGGGCAGGCCCUCCUGCCGCCGGGUCCAGGCUCCCGACAGAGCGCCACCCGCAGACCCUCCCCCGUCCCGCGUGGGCUCCCCUGCGGUACAGAGCGUGCUGGUCACGGCCAGGUGGUCCUGGAGGUGCCUCAUCGGAAGAGAGUAAAAGUCCUCUGGGGCCAUGAUGGCCAUUGGUGGGUGCGUCUCCCCCCGAAACCCUCAGGGUCAGAUUAGCAGCUUGAUUCUUACCCUUGGCUCUGCGGAUGAGCCCCGCAGAUGCCUGAGACGUUGGACGCCUCUGGCAGUAAUUAAAUCCUGUGUUGAGGAUGUGCGUUCUUGCUGUGGGGGAGCGAGAUCCACUCGCUGGGGGGCCCUUGGCUCCUGCUCAGGCCUCCCAGUUAAAAGCCUUGGUGUUCCAUUUCCACUGGUAAGGGGAGGCGGUGUUUGGCUGUGAAUCGUGAUGCUUUGGGGAACAGCUUCCUAUGUCCUGGAAUUUCUUUCAAAGAGGUGUUAACAGCGUAUUAGUGGGCGAAAAAGCCAAAGACUUUGGAGGUAGCGGGGACACGGUCUCCCCUAAGGUUCCACGUCUGCUUUUCUCAGCUGUUUGUAAGAGCAUCUGUGCUGUGAGCAAAUGGGGAGCCAGGAGGUCUGUGGAGCAGCGAUGGUGUGGUUUUCUUAUUGAUGAAACGUGGGGAUGUUCGGGGCCGUGAAGCUCAGAGUCCUGCUAAUACAUGUCCCGCCUGCCAGUGGAUGGACCACCCUGGGCUCCUGACCUCCAAGGGCAAGGGCAGGGUGGGUCGUCUUGACAGCGUGGCCUUGCUUUAAACGGACGGCAGUGAUCCGGAGACGCUGCGAGGACAGCGGCGGGCCGGGCCUCGGGCAGCACCACUGACCCACGUCCAGCCCCUCGGAGGGGCCCGAGCAACAUCCAGAGACCCUGAGAAUCCCGGCAGGGCACAGGGGGCUCGGCUCUUCUGUAGAUUUGAUGAAAAUGCUGCCUUUUUGUAGUCUAUGCCCAGAUUUAUAAGCCAUAGGAAACAGGAGCUGUUUGCAUCUUGCAGCUUCUGCAUUCUUUUUACCAGGGGGCUUAUCAAACUCUACGCUUAGCCCUGAGCACAAGGCCUUGAAAUGAGCCUUCAGAAGAGGGGUGUGCGCUCAGAGCGUGCAUGACACACGCACAUGAUCCUGAUUGAUUUUCCUUUUAUAAAAAAGAAGGAAAUAAUAGCUUUAAUAGCUUCUCAGGUACUUUAUGACCGACGGCCUGACUGAUGGGAAGCAGAGAGAGGCUCUUAGGAUCUACAGGUACCCUUGCCAGAAUCUGAAGAAUCAGGCCCUGAGUCUUCUGUUUGUUACGGGUUUUUUAAAGAAUAAAAAUGCAAUGAAAUACCUCA